CCGCAGGCCGACGCUCUAUCCACUGAGCCAAACCGGUUUCGGCUUCCCUACCUUUUAGGAGGGCCAAGCUCAAGCUGUUUGCUACCCAACACCUUUUUUCUAUUAACUAAGAAUCCGGCCCAUCUGGGUAGCAACAGCCUCCUACUGCCAACAACCAAAGAUUUCACAUUUCUACGGGAUGGAAAGAGCCCUGGGAAGCCAGAGCCAGCUCCUCCCUGUUUUGCUUUGAAGACUGACACGCAAAGCAGGGAACACUUGAGCAGCCUGCAGUGGAAAGCUGGAGCCAUGGUGUGUGGCAGACGGAUGCAGGAGCAGAGAGCAGCCAGGGAGAGCAGAACUCGGAGGACGCGGUGGGGCAUGGCGGGGAAAAUUAAGUUCCUGGCUUGGCUAAUGGUAGCCAUCUGCCUCCUCCCUGGGUUGGCUACAACCCAGCACCACGAAGGGCAGCCCAUGGACAGCACCAGCGUGGCAGGUGGCCUGCAGGAGCCAGAGGCCCCGGAAGUGAUGUUUGAGCUGCUCUGGGCCAGGCUGGAGCUGGAUGUCACCGGGCAGCUGCACAUCCAGGACGAGGAACUGGCGUCCACACGUCCAGGCCGCCGACUCGGGCUCCUCCUGCAGCACCACGUGCCCAGUGACUUGGAGGGCGCUGAGCAGCGGCUGCAGCAGUUCCAGGACCUGCGGAAGGGGCCUCCUCUUAGCCCCUGGGAUUUUGAACAUCUGCUCCUCACCGGCCUAUCCUGUGUCUACCGGCUCCACAAGGCUUUGGAGGCUGAGGAGAGGGGUCACUGGGCCCAGGUCUUUGCCCUCCUGGCACAGGAAACACUCUGGGACCUGUGCAAAGGCUUCUGCCCCGAGGGCCAGCCUCCUUCUUUGGGGCCCUGGGCCUCAAUCCUUGACCCCUUCCCCUGACCCUCCCCUUUCACCCUAAUUCCCACCCCCAAGCCAGACUCAUCCUGGGCAGGGGCUUCCAUAUGGCACCUGGUUCUUCCCAUCGUGUUCCGGUUCUUGGGCUUAGGGCUGCACCCUGGACCAUGCUUACCUCUCCCCCGUCUUCUUCCCUGGGCCCUGACAGGCAAAGAGGCCAGACUCUGGGUGCCGGGCAGCAGGUGCAAAACUAAAGGCAGGACUUGCAGACAGUGUGUGUGGUUUGUGGUGUGUGGUUGGUGUGUGUGUGUGAGUGGGGUGUGGGGUGUGUGUGUAUGUGGUCUGUGUGGGGUGUGUGUGUUGGGGUCAGGACUGAGACGUGUGUUUUAAAAGAUGCUGGAAGGGAAGCCGCCCCUAAGUCGGGGGUCCGGCCCCGGCCCUCCCCUGGCGUCCCUGAGGCCCUGGGCAUCCGGGGGGCCUUCUGAACGCUCCACACCCCAUCUCCGUGCCCCUUGAAGCCCAGCCACUGCUCCGGGCCCUGAACCUCCACGUCCCCACUGGGUGGGGGCAGCCUGGCGUUCUUGGUUUGUCUGUUGGGAGUGAAGGGAAGCGGGUGGAGAAAUGCACAUACCAGGGCAGGAGGGAUGUGUCGGGUCCAUCUCAACAAGCCCACGGGGAGCGGUCGGAGGAGGGAGCGAGGCUGGGAGGGGG